UCAAUUUCCACCUGGCACCGCGUUCCCACUUCUCUCUCAGCUUCUCGCUUUCUCUCUGCUCCAAAUAUCUUUCAGCUCUCAACGUUUGUCUGUCGUCUUCAACCCUUUUCCCCCGCUAAAAAGGGUGUGAUUCCGUAUAAACCUUCAAACAAAUCAAUCCAAAACUGCAUAAAGCAAAAGAUAAUGGAAUCGGAGAACUAAUUUACCAGUUUCACCGGCUCACCAGCUUCCGAUUGAUGGAUUUUGCUCCGUGCGAUCACAAUGCAUCGCCUUCAGAAAAUCUUCGCUAGCAGCUCCGAGGGCCGCAGAAGCGACUCCGACUCCGUCUCCAGCGGCAGCUCCAGCUCGAGCCGCCGCGCCGCCGGCUCGAAGCCGAGGCUCGAGCGCCACAACGCGAGGAAGAACAUCGACUACUGUUACUCGCCGUCCUCCGGCUCGGCCCCUUCUUCCUCCUCGUCGUCGUACUACACCGCGUCGGAGGAGUCCUUGCGCACGCGCUCGCUCGAUUUGUACGGCGGGAGGCGGAGCUUUAGGGUUGAAGGUGUCGACGGCGAGAUCGAGAUUAUGUGCAAAAACCUAGGUUUCUCCGGGGUUGAUGAUUUCUCUAUUUCGCCUGAUGAGUAUGAAGUGAUGAAAGUUAGAUCAUCUUCUGCUCCAGUCCGUUUCAGCCAGCCAAUCGAGAAGGUUAGUGAUGGAGCUGUUGAAGUUUCUGGUGAUGUUGAGGUUGCUGGCUUGCCAAAUAGGGGAAUUGGAGUAAGUGAUAGCUUAAUUAGAUGUUCUGGUAACAGCGGUGAAGUAAUUAGUGAGAAUUCCGAGGGAAUUCGUGAUUUUAGGGAUAAGGCUAAUGUUUUUGGUAGUGCAAUGGUUGAUACUGUGAGGGUAAAUGAUGGAAUUUCAAAUGAUAAUUUGAGUACUAGAUCGAACGAAUUCCGUGGAAGUGGCAUUAAGGGUGUGAGGCCGCCAUUUCUCGGCCUGCUGGCGCCACCGCCUUUUAUGUCAUUACCUGUGAUUGACCAAGAUUGCUCGACUUGGGAUAUCUUCCGAAAUUUUGGACCAGACGAUGGAAGACUGCAGGUCUUGGAUGAGCAAGGUCGUUCGGAUAGGACUGAGGAUGCUGGCGAGGAGGAUAAAAGAAGAAGGAGAAUGGCAAGGGAAGAAAACUUUGUUCUCUCAGCACCGUGCUCAUUCACAGCAAGCUCGAAUGAUGAUGAUUCCUCAAGUACUACAACAGACCCUGUAUCAAGUGUUUCGCCGAAUGGGAGAUUUAGACGUGCUAUUUCAUCUUGGCAGAAGGGUGAUCUCUUGGGCAGUGGAUCAUUUGGAUCUGUGUAUGAGGGAAUUGCUGAUGAUGGAUUCUUUUUUGCUAUCAAGGAAGUAUCUUUGCUUGAUCAAGGGGGAGAAGGAAAGCAGCGUGUCGCCCAACUUGAACAGGAAAUUGCACUUCUGAGGAAGUUUAAACAUGAAAAUAUUGUCCAGUAUUAUGGCACAGAGAAGGAUGAUUCACAUCUCUACAUCUUUCUUGAGCUUGUUGUCAAAGGCUCCCUUUUGAGCCUUUACCAGAAAUAUACCCUCCGAGACUCCGUAGUCUCUGCUUAUACAAGACAGAUUCUUCAUGGUUUAAAAUAUCUGCAUGACCAAGGGGUAGUGCACAGAGACAUCAAGUGUGCAAAUAUACUGGUGCACACUAAUGGGUUGGUGAAACUUGCAGAUUUUGGUCUUGCAAAGGCAACUAAGUUGAAUGAUGUCAAAUCUUGCAAGGGGACGGCAUUCUGGAUGGCUCCUGAGGUAGUUAGGAGCCAGGGCUAUGGCCUUGCGGCAGAUAUAUGGAGCCUGGGGUGCACUGUAUUGGAGAUGCUAACCCGGCGUUUUCCAUAUGGGGAUAUGGAAUGUAUGCCAGCGAUGUAUAGGAUAGGAAAGGGCGAGAGACCACCUAUUCCCGAUUCUCUUUCCAGCGAUGCACGAGAUUUCUUACUUAAAUGUCUACAAGCUGACCCAAAUGUGCGGUCAACAGCUGCCGAGCUCUUGAAUCAUCCCUUUGUGAAGCGACCACUGCCAGUACCAUUGGGAUUUGCAUCUUCUAAUCCUUUCACUGGCUAAUAUGAGAGUUCAGGUAAACAUAGAACCUAAAAAUAGCCGACAUCUCUCUUGUCAUAUUGUCACUAGAAACACCCAACUUCAUGCAUUCAAAAGAAAAGGAGAUGAUGGUGCUAUGCAUUUCUAGAUAAUCUAUUGCCAUAUAUGACUAAUGCCCCUUUUCCUUUUCUUCCCCAGCAGCACAUGUGAACUGCAUUUUAUUAUCUGAUAUAGUCUGGAUGGCUUCGUAUUUCUCAUAGUUCUCGCCCCGUUGCAGCUGGUCUUUGGGGAUUGAAACUGUAGCAUUGCAUCUUGUAGUUAGAAUAGGGGCAUUGGAGAGUUUGCAGAUCAGUUAUUGAGAGUUCACAGUUAUUUUUUCUCCCAAGAAUCCAUGGAGGUGAGUGAGUGAGUAGCACUAUAAAUUCUCUUUUUCUUUGUUAAGGAUAGUGUUAUUGAUAUAUUUCAAUUUAUUAGAGCUGGGGUUGUUCAAGCCCAAAACCCCAUAGGCUAGUUAGUUCAUUGUAUAUGGUGUUCCACCUAUUAUUUGUACAAAAUGGUGUAAUAAAUUUUAUUGGUAUAUGAUAAAUCAUACUGGUUGAAA